GUCAGUUCAAGACCUGCAGUGAGACUCGUAGAAGACAGUUUUGGACUUUACUCUGAGGGACGUUCAAGUAUAAACUAAGAUUAUUUCCGGACCCGAAAAUCUAAAAUCACUGGAAUAAUGAAGUCACCAAAACUGAGAGCCCAAGCGAAGUUCGUCAACGAGGAGGACCUGGACGACGUGCUGUGCGAGUUCGACGCGGUGAUCGAAGACUUCACGUCGCCGGUGGAGAAGCGUCACUUCAGGUACGACGAGCACCUGAAGACGGUGAAGAGGAGGAGCUGCGCGAGCGUCAGCGACAGCGGCAUCAGCGACUCAGAGAGUGCAGAGUCUCUCAACAGAAACAGCUUCAGCUUCAGUGACGAGAGGCUCGACUCCCCCACCGUGCUCUCCCCCACCAACUCCUCACCUCCUCUCAUGUCACCAAAACCCAAACUGGGCGACACUAAAGAGCUGGAGGACUUCAUCGCCGACCUCGAUAGGACAUUAGAGAGCAUGUGACGAGGAGGCUCAGAGUCGUCUUGGGAGUGCAGCCACACGAGGGAAGGAGGGAGUGAAUGUUUGGACCCCCCCCCCCCCCCGAGCAGCAUACGCCCGGCUCCUACACCCAAAACCACCCAACAGGAUACAGCUGGAUCCCAGUGGCGUCCAAGCAGCUCCACCACGGCACCAGCUCCUAAAUUUAACCCAGCCAUCUACUCACUUCAACCACCUGGAUACUGGGGCUGUAAGGGCAGCGAAGAGGGCCAAAAUUAGCUUAGCAGGAAACCUGAGGACACAGCAUGAUGCAAUGGACUCCAUGAAUCAUUACGAGGAGUGAGGAGGCGUGAAUGAAACGCCGCAGAGAGUCACUGGAACUUUUACUGUCAGAUCACAUCAACACUCCAACCCCUGAGCUGGAAGAGUAUUUAAAAAAAAAAAAAAAAAAAAGCUUUGUAUAAUAGAAAUAUAUUUGUAAUUUUAUAGAGCUCCUUAUUGUCUUUUCUUUGUGUAAAAUAUAUUUUUGUAUCUUAUGUAAAUAAUAAUUCUAUUUGCCUUAUUAACAGGACGUUCAGAUUAACUGGAAUAAACUGAAUCCUCUCUGGAGAAAGCUGGAAAGCUAUAUGUGUAUUUAAUACAGCGAAUGCAGAGCCAGAGAUAAUAUUAAAGUAUGAAAUGUUCUUUUUACUAA